CCCGGGCGCCGGGAGCCGCGGAGGGAGCCGGGCGCGGAGCUGCGGGCGGGGGAAGCGGCGCCGAAGUUUGCCUCCGACUCGCCGGGCGCCGCGGCGGCUCCCUUCGCCGAGGUUUAUUUUCUUGAAAAGGCUCCAGGCUUCGGCUUGGAAAAUCCAACCGCCAAAAUUGAGCCCAGCAGCUGGAGCGGCAGUGAGAGCCCUGCCGAAAACAUGGAAAGAAUGAGCGACUCUGCGGAUAAGCCAAUCGACAAUGAUGCAGAGGGGGUCUGGAGCCCCGACAUUGAGCAGAGCUUUCAGGAGGCCUUGGCUAUCUACCCACCAUGUGGGAGGAGGAAAAUCAUCUUAUCAGAUGAAGGCAAGAUGUAUGGUAGGAAUGAAUUGAUAGCCAGAUACAUCAAACUCAGGACAGGCAAGACGAGGACCAGAAAACAGGUGUCUAGUCAUAUACAGGUCUUAGCAAGAAAGAAAGUUCGAGAAAUUCAAGCCGCCAUUAAGGUGUCUAGUCACAUUCAGGUUCUUGCCAGAAGGAAAUCUCGUGAUUUUCAUUCCAAGCUAAAGGUAACAAGCAUGGAUCAGACUGCCAAGGAUAAGGCCCUGCAGCACAUGGCCGCCAUGUCGUCCGCACAGAUCGUCUCGGCCACCGCCAUCCACAACAAGCUGGGGCUGCCCGGGAUUCCACGCCCCGCCUUCCCAGGGGCGCCGGGGUUCUGGCCAGGAAUGAUACAAACAGGGCAGCCAGGAUCCUCACAAGACGUCAAGCCCUUUGUGCAGCAGGCCUACCCCAUCCAGCCAGCGGUCACAGCCCCCAUUCCAGGGUUCGAGCCUGCAUCAGCCCCAGCUCCCUCGGUCCCCGCCUGGCAGGGCCGCUCCAUUGGCACAACCAAACUUCGCCUGGUGGAGUUCUCAGCCUUCCUCGAACAGCAGCGAGACCCAGACUCGUACAACAAACACCUCUUCGUGCACAUUGGGCAUGCCAACCAUUCUUACAGUGACCCAUUGCUCGAAUCAGUGGACAUUCGUCAGAUUUAUGACAAAUUUCCUGAAAAGAAAGGUGGCUUAAAGGAACUGUUUGGAAAAGGCCCUCAAAAUGCCUUCUUCCUCGUAAAAUUCUGGGCUGACCUGAACUGCAGUAUUCAGGAUGAUGCCGGGGCUUUUUAUGGUGUAACGAGUCAGUACGAGAGCUCUGAAAACAUGACCGUCACCUGUUCCACCAAAGUGUGCUCCUUUGGGAAGCAAGUAGUAGAAAAAGUAGAGACGGAGUAUGCAAGGUUUGAGAACGGCCGGUUUGUGUACCGAAUAAACCGCUCCCCGAUGUGUGAAUAUAUGAUAAACUUCAUCCACAAGCUCAAACACUUACCAGAGAAAUAUAUGAUGAACAGUGUUUUGGAAAACUUCACAAUUUUAUUGGUGGUAACAAACAGGGAUACACAAGAAACUCUCCUCUGCAUGGCCUGUGUAUUUGAAGUUUCAAAUAGUGAACAUGGAGCACAGCAUCAUAUUUACAGGCUUGUAAAGGACUGAACAUGGUUAUUUAUAUAUAUAGAUAUCUGUAUAUACACACACACGUAUGUGCGCACACACACACUCUCUCCAUUAUUGAAUGACUGUAAACCUCACCACGCAGGGGGGUGCCCUGGCCCUGAGGUCACCCUGACUUUUUCUAAAUCCUGUUUGAGUGAAGUCAUUUUUUCAUGUGUUCCUACUAUCAUUGUAGCUGUGAAGUUCUGGUACAGUUGUAAAAAGAGAAAUCGAGUUGUUUCUACGUGUUCUUUAGAUCCACGGCCCACAAUUCCUCGGGAAAGGUGAUCCUUAAGAACCCGGGUCUCUGUCUGCAGAGACCUAUUUCUAAUUGUGGUAGAAAAAAAUUUGAGACAGAGCAUUUGCCAUGGGACAUUUACAGCCUUUAUACAAAUGUAUUUAGUUCUUUUUUUUUUUUUCCAACAUAAAAUUCUUGUUUUAAGAUACAAGUAAAAUUAAUCUUUAAAUAUAAAUGUAAAUUAGUACACAAAACUAAGAAUCUUUAGACUUAUCUUUGUAACUAAUUAGGGUGGAAGUUAUGAAAGAAUGUAAUUCACUAAAUUAUUUUUUAAAUGAAACUUUUCUUUCUUUUUGAAACCAAAUGUUAAAAUAUAGCCUUAAAUGCUUGGUAGAAAUAUUCUAAUGAGACAAAUUUGUACUUUUUUUUUCUCUCUCUCUCAAGGUUAAAACUAAUCUCUUAAUCCAUUAAACUCUUGAACAGGUAUUACAAAGGAAGAAAACUUCACCCCUUAUCCUUAACAUAUAUAGUAUAUUUAAAAAAUAUAAAAUUGUAUUGUACUAAUGUGAUGAUUAUUUAAUGAAAAAAGAAGAUGGCUCUUUUUGCAAUAAGUAGAUAAAUACUGAAAAUCUAAACGUACAAUGUUUAUAGUCUUGUGUGUGCAGUUAUAUUUUAUAUGGACAACCAAAUUUUUUACUAAGAUGAGUAAAUGUUUGAACCACUGAAAUUUAAUAACAAAAAUUUAAAAUUGGCAUUGAAUACUGCACUGUGAGCUGCAAAGUAUAGAAAAAUCCUGUGGCUGGGAGAAAUUUCAUCAACCAAACAAGUAAAAGGCUCAUCAGUUUUAGCGUCUCUGCUCCCCAGAAACUUGCAAGCAUCCUCACCAGCCUGUGGAUAAAUUAUUUCUGGUGAACCAGCACGCAUAUUAACCUGCUAUAACUGUAUGUGUACUUAUGUGUUUGUGUGUACAUCCACACACAUAUACAUAUAUAGUUAUUAAACACCUAUUUAUUGAACAUCUAUUCAGUGUCACUCAGUUUGCUCGGUGCUGAUAUGUAUGUAUAUCGCAGUCUGCGUCCAUAGAUCUAGAUAUAUUCUUUAAGGACAUCUGUUUCCUCAAUGUCUCUCAAUAAGUCACAGUUCUUGUUUGAGCUUUGAGAGGCCCAGUGCUCUCUCGGACUCUUCCAAACAGACUUGUUUGGGGAGGUUCUCUUCCCAGGAGAAAUUCAACUUUCCAACCCAAAAUAUUCCAAAGCAUCACCCAGGCAGAGUCGGUUUGAAAUGGCCACAUGUCUUGGGUUCUUUCCAUAAGUGCUUCAUUGGGAAGGAGACAGGGUAUAUGCCCCAACUUCCCGGAGGAAAGUGACAUUUUUUAUAAUUCCCAGGAGUGGGUUAACACGAUAGAACGUGGAAUAAGUUUUGUAAAGUCGUGAAACCUACCAAGGCUUUCUCAUCAAGCUGGAAAAUGAUUACCUUGUUCUUUCACGUCCAAGGAACUUACCCCUUUCCCUGUCCCGUUACCUGCUCUGACCCUGCUGGCACAUUGAUUAGAGUGUUUGGUGGUCAUGAGCACUAGGGUGUGUGUGGCUGGCUUGUGGCAAAUAGGAGGACACCAGACCAAGCCUGACCUCUCCCAAACUCAUGCCACUGGUUCCUGGGAAGACCAGAGAAGAAAGUGCAAAACUCCCAUUUGGAACACACAUCCCUCAGAUAGGCCGGUAGGAUGAUGUCUGUCUUCCCUCUGCAAAGAAACUAACGUUUAUUCUCUGAUUCUAAGUGGGCCUUUGAAGGAUUGCCCUACUCAUCUGCCCUUCCAUCUGGCCUUCCGCCCAGGCACUGAAGCUUCUUCCAUGGUCAUCAUACUUAAUGACGUCUCUUGGUCACCCCUCCUAUGGAUGUUUCUUUUGCUCCUGUCACCUGCAUCUUUCCUCAAGGGAAACCCCUCCCUCCCAGGGCCAGGACCCAGUGAAGGGGUGUAAAGGAUCUUCUAUGGCCAGAGCCAUCCCAGAACUUCCGGGAGAGAAGUUGGUCUGAUUCACAUUCCCACGCAGGGAUGGAGCUCUUCUGUGCUGCCGGGAGGGCUCUCGGGAUUUACUUUUCAAAGCACAAAUACACCCAAGAAGAGCCCCUACAGGGCGGUUCUGUUGGCUCCAGAGAUGGGCAUACCCCAGGCAGGCUAUGCCCCCAUCCCCCAGAUGCCUUCCUAGCUAAGUUUGGGGUAUUUACAAGAACAACCUGGAGGUUUGCUUUUUGCUCUCAAAACAUUUCUAAGAGCCUUAAAAAAUUUACUUCUUGUCUUGUUCCUCUACAAUUUUCUCCAGGGCAGACUGUUUCUCUCUCUUAACCUCUGAUCCCAGUUACCCAAACCCUUAGCCCUCUCUGUGUGUCUGCCAAAUUAGGUGCUGGGGUGGGAUUUGUAUUGUAGCACCUAAUCCAAAUCUGUCUUGGGUCUUUCAUCCUUGAUAGCAGUCUUUUCCCUUCAUCUAUAAAGCUUCCCAAACCAUAAAAAAGCCUUUCCAGGCCUCUGUCCUUAUUGCUUUCUUUCAGAUACCAGAUAUCCUGGUGACCCUGUACUACCAGCAUUGAGUCAGGGACAUCUCAUACUUUUACUAGAGUCUGGAGGCCCAUCUUCCCCAGCCCACACAGGGAGGAGCGGAAGAACUGGACUCUGGUCUGUUGGCAUUCGUUUCCAUCUUAGCAAAAGACCUAAAAUUACCAUCAGGACUUCUUCAGGACAGAUUCUGGAAUCCCAGAAGGUCUAAACUUCUCUGGGCCAGGCGUUCUCAGCGUCUACACUGUUGAUGGUUGGGAGCAGUCCUUUGUUCUGCUGAGACGAUCCUGUGCAUUGUAGGAGGUAUAGCAACACCCUUGGCCUCUCUCACACCCUCCCUGCUGUUGCCACAACCCAGAAUAUCUCCAGAUGUUGCCAAAUGCCCCACGGAACACAAUAUCGCCCCAGUUGAGAACCACUGCCCUAGACCUCACAGGUCACAACCAUAUUUGAGAUUUUCUUUUUCCCUUUGCUAUCCUAGGAGCCUUGUUUCAGUUCGUUAAGAGGCAGGUAGGAAUGUUACUCAAAUGACAUUACGUCCAGGUCUCUUCCCGCUCAGAGCCUCUUUCACAGCAGAGUCUGUCCUGCUGCAGAGUAUUCCUUCAUCCUUUGAGGAUCUUGGGAACAGCUGGUCACCAUCAUCCCCACAAUCAGCUCACCCGUGUAAGGUGCCUCUGAUUUGCUCUUCAUUCCUUAAGUUUACCAGCUUUAAAAGAAGUUCCAGCUGUGUUCAUUAUUCUCAUGAGCUUAUGGGACUCAUUGUCAAAGCUUUCAUCAUUUCGGUAAACUUCCUCUGGUCUUCCUCUGCCCUCUGCCCUACACUCAGUGCUGUUCUUAGAAUUUAUAAAAGCCUUUGGAACGCUGCACCUUUAAGGAUGGAGGAGAGAGGGACCAGUUCUGGAAGAGGGCUGAUAGAUUUUCCUUUAUUUAUUGAGCUAAAAGAGAGCACAAUCUAUUCUCCUUCAUUUAGUGGAUGAGAAAUUUGGGGCCCAGCAGGGAGGUGACUUGCCCAAAGUCACCCAGCUGGUUAGUGACAGAGUAAAGGUGAGGCUCUGGGACCUCGCCACUUAACCCUCGGCCUCUCCCGGUGGAGUUUGGUCCACUUUGGUGCUCAUGCCUAAAUGAUGCCUACAAAGGUGUGCACGGCUCAGAGCAGAGGACAGAGGGAGACCUAAGAACCCCCCCCCACCUCGGCCAGAGCACGGCAUCACCCCGAUGCCAACGCCGCCUCUCCCACGGAGCCUCGGGUCUGACGGGAGCUACGCGAGGCACCCACAAAGCAGAUACAAAAGCUGAUGAGCCUUUUCGCUUACCCUGAAGACAAUUCACCCGCCACAGACUCUGAGUCCAAUUUUUAUCUGCUAAGCAUCCCAGCAGCAAAGUCCCACACUCAGACCAGCCAAAAAGCAGCCCCUGUUCCCAGCACUUGGUGUUACAAGCCCCCAGAUGGCUUAAACCCAAGUCUUCUUUAGGUCUCGAUACUGUAGUGGCUUUAGCGGUCUGUUUUUGUACAACCAUAAAUUAUUUAAAUCGUCUUGAGAUGACAGUCAAUUUUACAAACCAGGUACAUAUAAUUUGUCUAAGUUUGUAUAUGCUCUGUCUGGUACACUACACCUGUCCUGACGAAGGGUAGAACCAAUUCUGUGUGUUGGUGUUCACACCUGUGACAUUGAGAGCAUAUGUCUGCAUUGCUUCUUUCUUUAUGUUGAUAUUUCUGUGGCAAAGCCCUGCACAUGUCAUUUCUGAAAAGCCUUAAAUCUUUUGAGACGUUGCGUGUAGGGUGUGCAGUGCAAAAGGCUGCCUCGGAACUGUGAGCCCUUUUGUAAGCUGGAAGCAUUUCUCUUACUACUGUUACUUUUUUUAGGGAGUUUUAAAUUCAGAGCUGCCAAAGCGUUCCAGUAAGCAGUGCCUUAGUGAUUUCCUAGUCCUACCCAGCCCUCCGCGUCCAUUUACUGAUUGGCCCCGUAUUGGAAACCGCACAGGCAAAAAAAAGACAAAAACAAAAAACAAAAAAACAAAAAACGGUUCUCAUUUCUCUUUUGUAAGCCCAAUUUUCUCCAGCCCUCUAGGGAACCGACCCACCUGGUCGAAAAUCGGAAACUGAACGGCAGUCGGUUCUUGACCGCACUCUCAAACGUAUAUACCAAAACGGAAGGUUUUCCAACUUUGUGGUUUACUAUGAAAAGCAAAUUGUACUUUUAAAGUUGCCUUCGAAAUUCACGACCAAAUACUUAGCUAUUUAUGAAUCUUCUGCGCUCUAGCAUGGAAGUGCCUUUGGUUUGAGAUUCCAGCUUAGAAAAGUGCUGCCAUAUAACGAUAAUUUGUGUAGAGAGACCAAAAAUAUUCUGAGAUCACCGUAAUGCCUUUGGUUUACCAGGAUGAGUAACCAACCACAGGCCUCUGUCCGCCAGGGCGCGGCAGGACGGCCCCCGGGAACUGUUGCGUCCCGUGUCCGCGCCCCCGGGGGCCCCCGCCCGCCCCCCAGCCCUGCGUCCGCGCCAGGGGACUGCCACGCAGACGACAGACUCUCCGGCCGGUGGACAGCGCUGUCCUUCCCCUCGUGUUCGUGUUCAGUCUCCGUGGAGGCUCUCCUGUCCAUGCAGACGACAGCGCGCGCUUCUCUGGUUUGCGCAGUGACACCACUUCUGGAAGUUGGAAGCCUCAAACUGAGAUGCCAGCGCAGAACAACAAACAAAACAAAACAAAAAAUGAGUUAGGGUCAUUACAAUCGAAGUGUUCUUCUCAACGGCGAAAACGUUGACUCUGAGUGUUGUGUACGAAUGUGCUAUGAGAAACUUCCAAAGAGCACCAUUCACAAUUCGGCAUUUUCAAAGAAUGGUCCAGCCCUCCAAAGGGCAGCCCUUUAAGAGUCCGCUGUUGGCUUUUAUCCAAACCUUGUGUAGAUUGGGAAAACUGAUAGAGGUAAGGAAGAGGAGUGGAAAGGACCAGAAGGCGAAAACACCAGCCAAACAAAAGCCAGGAGAAAAAAAAAAAAAAUUGUCCUUUACCAAUAUAGACUUCAGAAUGACAUGAGACAUCUUUGAAAGUUAGCCUCUGAACUCUUAAUGCGUUACGUUCUUUCGUCUGUCCCUGGUGUCUUUAAGAUUACCCUGUCUGGGCUCUGAAAUUUCAGGAGUGAUUUCUAUCCACACCAAGUUGUGAGUAUUUAGAGAAAAUUCUACAAGGAAAAAAAAAUCAAAUGGUGAGAACGAAAAUGAGCUAACACGAGCGGUAGUUAGCCGCUUGAGUUGAGGCCCCCUGUCAGUGCUGUACCGCACCCGGGCAGAAAUGAAUCAAAUACUUGUUCAUCUGCUUCUCUUUUCAGCUGUUACUGUGCUUUGUUUGGCAAUAGUUUUCUCUCAUAAGCUCAUUGCUUAUAUUGUUCAGAAUGAAGGUUUUUGUGUUUAAAAUUUACUGCAUUGCGAGGGUAGUUUCGCUGAAGUCCUGCACCAUUAACUGAGAUGAAAUAUUGGUAUUUAUUGUCCUACUUCCUGAGGCUGUAGCUUGUUUUAUUCUUUGUGAAUUCGCAUGGGGUGAGUCCCACGCCACACUGCAUCGUCUUAGUUUAUUUGCAAUGGCAUUUAUGUUCCCUCUUUCCUCAUUAAAUGGGGUCAGAUUCCAGGAGAUUCCACCUCGCUCAGGUAGACUCCUUCGUCUGCCUUCCAUUACGAGAUGGUUUUCCCUUCCCCUGUCUCUGAGAGGUUAACAGAACCUAGGCAUAAAUCAAUUGGAAACCGGUCUCUUAUUUUAUUGUUGUUAUUAUUAUUUUUGGAUCAGUCAUUUUCUGUGAUUAGUUUGACUGUGUAAAUUAGAUAUUAACUGCACUUCUUAACAAAAAAAAAAAAAAAAAAAAAAAACAUCUCCCUGUUACCUCCUUGAAAGAUUCACUUCUGUAGGCCUUUGUCCAUAGGCUCUUGCCUGCAGAGAAGGGAAAAAAAAAAAAAAAAGAAAAGAAAAAACAAAAACAGUACGUGCCUGAAAAACAACAACAAAAAAAAUUUUUGUGACGUUUAAAAAAGAAACCCGAAUAGCCUUUAAUUCUUGAAUAUGCUUAAAUUUUAUGUAAAUUGGUUUUGCCACGUGUGUUUGUUCACGUUCUAAAUGACUUAAUGGGAUUCUCACAGUCGGUGUCUUUGUGUCCCGUGUAUACGAUGGGCUUGUGACGUAAGCGCUUCAUCUGGUCAGUGGUCGCUUUGAUAUUGUACUGCAGCUGGGAGGGGGCUCGGGAACCUGGCCCUGGGUGAUAAGGUUCCCCUCGGUCGAUUGGAGAGAUGGGGGUGGGGGGGCCAAUUCUCACACACGUUUUCUUAAACUAUUUGCAGAAACUUUCAAAAAGGCAUUUGGUUAAACCUCUUGGCAGUACAGUAUUCUUGUAUUUGUUAAUGUCUGUGUUUAGGUACUGGUACCUUUUUGUUUAAAAAAAUGUUCUAAGUGUUGGCUUUAAAGUGAAUUUAUCUUUAGUAUGAUAGUUAUAUGAAAAUUAUAGGGUUUGUGUGCAGAGAAUUUUUUUAUAAAGUGCUUUGUAAAAAAAAAAAAUGUAUUCUAGCUUUCGCGGUACAUAUGUGUGAUAACUUUAAUAUCCAUGACAGUUAAGUGCAAUUAUUUCAUCACUCUAAAAAUGCUAUUUUUGUGUCAGUUCCUGCAGGUGUUUUCAUGUCUUUGCAAAGUGACACAUUUUGAUGCCUUCUUGAUAAAGUGGUAGACAUUUUGUAGCUUUCUAGAAACUUUGUAUUCAUACGGUAUCAAUGAAAAAUAAAGAAAAUGAAAGUGUGGGUUA